CCACUACAAAACCCUUUACAUCACACCAGCUACAUAACAGACCACCGCUUUACACAGAUCAACACCUGAAUUAAGAGAGUAGAAUUUCCUUUUUAAAGAGAACCCUUGACAAAGAACUUUACUUUUCAAAUUUCCAAUCAAGACAAGAGGACACAUCAUAAGGAUGGGAUCUGCUGGGGUACAGAUUGUAUGUGUGGCCCUUGGGGUCCUGGGCCUGAUCGGGGGCAUUGUGUGCUGUGCCAUCCCUAGGUGGAAAGUGUCAUCAUUUACAGGACAGAACAUCGUAACGGCACAGGAAACUGAAGAGGGUCUGUGGAUGACCUGUGUGGUGCAGAGUACUGGCCAGCAGCAGUGUAAGAGCUAUGAGUCCCUGCUGGUCCUGCCAUCUGACCUGCAGGCGUCCCGCGCCAUGACCAUCAUCAGCUGCAUGGUCACCUCCCUGGCCAUCCUCAUCUUGUUCGCCGGCGCCGACUUCACCACCUGCGUGGAGAAUGAGGGCAUCAAGCCCAAGAUCAGCCUUGUGGCUGGGAUCGCUCUGUUGGUGUCUGGCCUCCUCCUUAUCAUCCCUGUCAGCUGGUCCGCCCACAACGUCAUCAGCAACUUCUACAACCCCCUUGUGGCCCAGAAGAUGGAGCUGGGAACCUGUAUCUUUAUUGGCUGGGCUGCUGGGGUGCUUCUGAUUCUGGCCGGAGGCCUGCUCAUGUGCUUCAGCAGAGCCAAAUCUGGCAGCUCGGGAGGAACCGCCAAGUACUACGGCAACAGCUCUUCAGCCCCCGCUGCCAACAAGAACUACGUUUAGUGCAUGUAUUACACCUCUGUAUGUUUGUAUGUGUGUAGAGAGAUAGUUUGAUGUAUUACACCUCUGUAUGUUUGUAUGUAUGUAGAGAGAUAGUUUGAUGUAUUACAACUCUGUAUGUUUGUAUGUGUGUAGAGAGAUAGUUUGAUGUAUUACACCUCUGUAUGUUUCUAUGUGUGUAGAGAGAUAGUUUGAUGUACUACACCUCUGUAUGUUUCUAUGUGUGUAGAGAGAUAGUUUGAUGGAAAGGAAAUGGGUCAGACAGAAUGAAAACAAGAAAGGGGAGGGGUUUAACCUUGAGGAUAAAGAAGGGACAUUAUUAGUGGAAAUAAUGGUUGUAAAUAUUGAAUAUUUCAAAAUAGUAAGACUGGUUUAGUUGUAGUUAAUCCAAGGGUCCAAUAUGGUGGUUCAAUUUAAAAUACACAUAUAUUUUUAUUUGUUUUGGGGGGGACUAACUCAAUAUACUAUAAUAUACUACAAAUCGAAACUGUGUAGAGAUGAUGAUGUACCUACAUUCAUACAGUUUCUUAACUGUGUCCAGCUCGCUAAUAAUCACCUACAUGAAGGCUAGACAGUCAAGGAGCACCGGAAAUUCCAAAAACGAUGGAUAGAGGAAAUUAUUUUACAAAUUGUGACGGCGAGGAAAUAUAACCAAUUUUCAGUGUGGAUCUCCGGACCUCGUUGAAGACUAAAUGCAGCCCCUGGGCAGAAGGAGUUUGACACCCUUGUUGUAAUGUGUUAUCUCGUUGAGUUUUUUAAUGCUGGGUGGCAUGCUUCUAUAAUGCCAUGAAUGAACAACAGAGAGCAAGGUGAGGGACUCAGUGGUCAUGCAUCUCCAAAUACAGGUAGAGUUAAAUGACUGUAUAUAUCAUUUACAUCCAUGAGAUCACAACUUUUUUACUUAUGUAAAUCAGCUUGUCUUUUACUUUUGUGUAUCAAAUAAUAAAUACGUGUUUUUAUUUUA